CUCCGUCUGGCUUCGUUCCUCACUUCCUCCGUGUGGUGAAAUGUUAAAAUGGCGUCUUCUCAGGACGCUUGGUAUCUGUCGUUGCUCGGCCUGGCCGAGAAUUUCCGCACGUCGAGUCCGCCCAACAUCAAGUCGUGCAUCCAGUGUCUGCAGGCGGUCUUCCACUUCAAGCCGCCGCCGCGCGUCGAGGCGCGCACCCAUCUUCAGCUCGGCAACAUCCUCCUCACGCAUACGAAAAACAUCGAUUUGGCGCGAUACCACCUGGACCAAGCGUGGCGACUGAGUCAGAAUAUAAAUACGUUCGACGACGUGAAAUUCGAAGCGGCCAGCGUCGUCGCGGAGCUGUACGAGCAGCAGCUGCAGCCGAACCUGAGUAAACCAAUUUUGAGGAAGGCAAUAGAGCUGUCCCAGCACAAUGUCUACUGGCACUGCAGGCUCAUCUUUCAACUUGCGCAAAUUCACGCCUCGGAGAAGGACUUUGUGGCGGCGAGUAGCCUGCUCGGAGUAGGCGUUGAUUAUUCUCACAUAAGCAACGCCAGUUACACCAAGGUCCUCUUUCUCCUAAGUCGGUGUAUGCUGCUGCUGAUAGACAAGAAGUUCUCCGAGGUUCAUCCGCUUCUAAACAUGGCGGGCCAUCACGUGGAGAAUUGGCAGGGCAGCCCGCAUCAAAAGGAGUAUCUCAAGGUGUACUUUUUGGUCCUUCAAGUGUGCCAUUAUCUUAUGGCAGGCCAGGUGAAGAGCGUGAAGCCCUGUUUGAAGCAACUGCAACAAAGUAUACAGACCAUAAUGUCACCCAGCUGGCCGGCAGACGAUGUGGUCACCGGCUCCAACAUCGGAGACAUGUUUAUAUGGAUGCCGAAGGAUCAUCUAUAUGUCCUGGUUUAUUUAGUAACCGUUAUGCAUUCUAUGCAAGCUGGUUACAUGGAUAAAGCACAGAAAUAUACCGAUAAAGCGCUUAGUCAAAUUGAAAAAUUGAAGAUUAUCGAUAAUAAACCUAUCCUGUCCGUGUUUCAAUUAAUGCUGUUGGAGCAUAUAAUUAUGUGUCGGCUUGUAAUGGGGAACAAGAGUCUGGCUCUCACGGAAAUUUCUCAAGCUUGUCAACUCUGCAGGCGGCAACCUAAGUUACUUCAAGGCCACAGGCCGCAAUUACAUGUAUUAUUAGGAUUAUACGCAAUGUCUAUGAAUUGUAUGGAAGCUGCGGAGGCGCAGUUCAUUGCUGCACUCAGAACAUCACAAGAAAAGGAACUCUGGACAUUCGCGCAAUUGAACCUAGCGAUAGUGUAUCUCAGAUCAAAGAGGGAAACCGAAUUGGGAUCGUUGCUAGAAAGGGUAACUCCGGAAUCUCUACCACCGCAUUCUCAUUCUUUGAAGGCAGCUGCAUAUUACGUGCAAGGACUCCAGGCUUUCUUCGGUGCUAGAUACAAUGAAGCAAAACGAUAUCUUAGAGAAACCUUAAAAAUGGCAAAUUCCGAGGACUUGAACAGACUCACUUCCUGCAGUCUUGUGCUCUUGGGACAUAUAUUUCUUUCUUUGGGAAACAGCAGAGAGUCGAUGAAUAUGGUCACGCCUGCGAUGCAACUAGCUUCUAAGAUACCUGAUGUACAUGUACAACUGUGGGCUACUGCUAUUUUAAAAGAUUUGUACAGAAUUUGUGGCGAGCCUAAUCGCGAGAGCGAGGCGUAUCAAAUGCAUUGCAACUUCUCCCAGACCCUCCUAAAGGACCACUUUCAAAGUACACAAAUGAGCGAGCACUCGCUCAUUCAAUGGACAGACGGCCCCAUGCCCGCAUCGCCAACUAAUCCACCGCCAUCUACGUCGCAAGCAAUUCUCUAAUGGUAUAAAAGAUAUUUAGGUGUGUCUAUUUACUUAAAUUGUCCAGAACUGUCAUGUAUAUUUGUACUAAUUAUCCAUCGAGUUGUAAAAUGAGGUUGGACUCAGCUUCAUUCAGUCUCAGAUAUUAAAAGGACUAUGGUAAUGUUUAAGAAAAUCGGAUUUAAUUGCGAACAGGGCGGGGAUAUGAAAGGAUUAAUGGAUAUUUGAUGUAAUAUCCAGACUUUUUUAAUACGUGAGAUCUGUGGGAGUAUAUGGCAACUAGGUAUAUAUAGCAGAGCUUGAUAGCAAUUUAUAGUAUUGUUUGAAUCAUCGAAAUUGUACACGGCAGGGAUUGACUAUAUAUUACAUUUAGACCAUUGACGUUUUGUUUAUUUAAGUUUAUCGCAUUAAAUUAUCUUUUAUGGCAAUCAUUCAAGAGGACACAAAUGCUUAUUAUACAUAAUGCAGAACAAACGCGUUUUUUAGAAUUAUGUGAACCGUUCUGCCGCACAAUGCGUUUAAAACGAGAUUUGUAUCGCACAUGUAGAGAAUAGAUCGGAACGUAGAAUAAAAAUUUUUAUUUUUGUUUAAAAAUCUUGUUGAUUCUGCGAGGGCGAUUUGGAAAGUUCUCGAAAUGACAUAUCAAUAGCACUCGCAUAAUAGACGUCAUAAAUUUAGAGUUCCAAACCCUUCUAUAAACGCAUGCAAAGUUCCCACUCGUUACAUCAAAUAGUUUAUUUUUUUAUGGAUCGUUAAACAAACAUAUCUGUUUGAUUUUUGAAAAAUAAACUAUUUGAGACGGAAAGAGUUAAAACUUUCUAUUUAGCGUACAUCGUACAAGUGCGUGUUUCAUUCCGAGAACUUUUCGACUGGUCCCCUCGUAUAUUUCUAAUUAAUGAAAUUAACAAACAUUUCUCCUCUACAUUACUUUAUUAUCUUUUACCACACGUUAAAACAAAUAGGAAUUAAGUUAAAUUAUUUAAACGAAACAAUUUAAUAUAUUAGACGCGUUAUUUUUAAUUUAUAACUGUAAGAUCAUUGGUUCUCUAUAAUAACAUCAUAAUUACAAUGUCAUUAUAUAGACGAAGUCUCGUUUGAAAGAACACAAUAUAUGAAAUUUUACCAGUGAGUAAGGAAGAUGGGGAACAAAGUAUCAAAAUUUAGAUAUUAAUUUUGUACAUACUGAAUUGUAAUAAGAAUGACGAGAUCGAAUUAACUCUCGUUACUAUCAGCAAGGUUUGAUGAAUUCGUGUAUCCGAUGGGAUUGUCGAAAUCACUGUAACUGAUUAUUUUUUAGGUUGCCUUUUCUCUUCUUGAUGAUCAAAGCAAAACAUUAAUAAUUUGGCUGUGGCGCAACAGAAUAACAAUUCAUUGAGCGGUGUAAUAAAAAAAGAACACGAUAGGUACGGAACUUUGCAAGUUGGUUAAAAAGAGGCAAAUUCUUUACCUAAAAUAUGUACAAGAUGUUUCGGUAUACAUGUAUUUUUAUUAAGAUGAUAUAUGUAUGUAUUGUAUGAAUAGAUAAUAAAAUGUAAUUGUUAUAUAUUAGUAUUAGUUACAGUAAUAAGUAAGGAAAGGGGCCUUAGAACGCGCUAACUUAAACAGCAAAGAACUUGCGUGUGAAACUCUUUGCGUUGUUUAAAUUAUUCUGAACAUAAUUUGUACAUACUUUUAGAAGUAAACACAGUGCAAACAAUAGAAUAGAGAAUGUAAUAAAACAUAGGUUUGUACAAACGUUUGUUUUCUCAACGUAAGAAAGAGACAAUAUACACUUCAUUUAUCA